UAAGCUCGGAAGGGAAGAUCUGGAUUAAAUUUUGAUGAAAUCACAUUGCGGUUCCAGAGCUUUCAAGCCGUGAAGAUGUUCCUUUCCAAGCUGGUGCUGUCUCCACAACAACACAGGAGGACCUUGGUUACCCUUUUGUCUCUGCAGAAUCAAUUGUCAUGUGCAUCCUGCCGAUCAUGGUGUCCAAAACCAAGUCAAAAUAUGCGUUUCAUGACAACCAAGGACAACAGUGCCAGUGCAAACAGCAUGAGUAGCAGUAGUACCAUGAAGACAGAAUCGUACCACGAUCACUCAAUCCAUCAAUACAGCGCCCAUCGACAGUGUCAGCACUUGUUAGAAGCUGUCCUGCAAAGAAUGUCCCAACGUCUGCAGUUUCAGGACGCGGAUGACGAUCAGCGUCGACACAUUGUCGAUUUGGGAUCCGCCGACGGCUCCAACUCGAUGCUGACAUUAAAAUGGGCUGUGUGGACCCUGCAGCAACAUAUUCCACAAGGAACUCUUCCUCCUCUCCAGGUGACAUUUGAAGAACAUCCAGUCAGCAACGAACAGUUCUUGCGAGCCACUCUUGCGUCUCAUGACGAUUGGUUUCAUAGAAACAACAUUCGCUACUCCGUAUUGAUGAAAUCCUUUUACGAACCACUCUUUGAUCCUGAUUCAGUUGAUUUGUUUAUGAGCUACAUUUGCCUUCAUUGGUUGGAUACCACUGAUCCUCCUCUCGAAGGGACCAGUGACACACCGGGAUGGAAGCUAUUGCAACAAGGCCCAGAACAGCAGAACCCAUCACCAGACUUUACCUUUAUGAACGAGGCAACUACACCCAGCCAUCUACAAGACCACUACCGAGAAUUGGCACAACGACACUUGGCCAAAUUUCUCGCUUUUCGGGCAAGAGAACUCAAACCAGGCGGCGAAAUGGUACUCCUGAUGGUAUCGCAACCCAACGACUUUGUGACUCCACGUACACCGAAAGAUGACGACAAUCAGCAAUACUCCGUGUUGACCCUGGCCAUGCAUCGAUGCAUUCAAAGGGGAUUGAUACGUCCGCAAGUGCUGGAACGAACUCUGCUUCCCUACUAUCUUCGUACCAAGCAGGAUGUUCGAGAUGCCUUGGCAUUGGCUGCCAGUAUACAAAUCACCAGUGAUGAUGCCGCCGCUCGUGAUAGACCUGGGGCCCUCUUGGCCCUGGUGGGCGACGUGGAGACUUACAAUGUACGAUUAGGAACGGACGGAGGAGAACAGAGUAAUGAAAUCCAAGGAGCAUCUGACAUGUUUUGGUCCAUUCACGCAAAAGCUGUCCAAAGCGCUGGAGCAACAGAAACCGAGUUGGAGGCUGUGCGACGAGAAACCGAAUCGGUCUUCCAUGAACUGUUUUCUUCCGGUGAUGGCGUCAACGUUACCUAUUUGGCAUGCGUGAUACGGAGGAGGACACGAGAGGCCUGGUCCUCGGGCAAAAGUGAGAAAGCUAAUCAAUAGGUUGGUAUCUAGUACUCAGCAGAACCCGCCGUAAGAGCGAUUGCAUUUAUCAAACUAGCUAGUAGAAUUCAUCAUUGCCCUCAUGAUGGAUCUUCAGAAUAUCCCAAGCAAGCAGCAAUCCUGCUGGUCUCUUUGCUCCAAGGACAGCCAUUCUCACGGGCAUACUUUAGCACUUCUAUGUGGCCAUUCAUUGCAG